GGCAGCUGCCGCCGCGUCUCUCUUGUCUCCUUGGCCUCCGCUUUUGCCAUCUUCCUCUCGCUUCUGGAAACAUGGCUUCUGGAGUGGCGGUGUGGGAUGGUGUCAUCAAGGUGUUCAACAACAUGAAGGUGCGCAAGUUGUCGACGCCGGAGGAGGUGAAGAAGCGCAAGAAGGCGGUGCUGUUCUGCCUGAGUGAGGACAAGAAGAACAUCAUCCUGGAGGAGGGCAAGGAGAUCCUGGUGGGCGAUGUGGGCCAGACCGUGGACGACCCCUACGCCACCUUCGUCAGGAUGCUGCCCGACAAGGACUGCCGCUACGCCCUGUAUGACGCCACCUACGAGACCAAGGAGAGCAAGAAGGAGGACCUGGUGUUCAUCUUCUGGGCCCCAGAGUGUGCUCCCCUCAAGAGCAAAAUGAUCUACGCCAGCUCCAAGGACGCCAUCAAGAAGAAGCUGACAGGGAUCAAGCACGAGUUCCAAGCCAACUGCUACGAGGAGGUCAAGGACCGCUGCACCCUGGCCGAGAAGCUGGGGGGCAGUGCAGUCAUCUCUCUGGAGGGCAAGCCCUUGUGAGCCCCCGCAGCCCUGCCCGCAGUAUCUCACAGCCCCAGGUCGGCCCUUGGGGGUUGCAGGCUGCCCCCUUCCUGCCAGACCGGAGGGGCUGCGGGGAACCAGCAGGGGGAGGGCAGUCCCUUUGCCCCAGUUGCCAAACAACCCGCUCUCUUCCUCCUCUCCCCUGCAGCCCUGAUGGCUCUGGCCCCCACAAUCCGCUUCCAAUCUGAUUCCUUUUGGGUUGAAUAGACCAAUCUCCCUCCCCCAGGCGCCCAAGUUUGGGGGGCAGUCCUGUAUUUUUUUUAACGAUACCUGCUCCCCAACUGCUCCUGUCUCUUCCCGUGCUGCCAACUUCUAACCACAGUAGUGACUCCGUGCUUGUUCGUUUAGUUCUGUGUGUAAAUGGAAUGUUGUGGAGACGACCCCUCCCCUGCUGGCUGGUC